AUUUCACCACCUGAAAACUAACAGCAAUGGCGUCAAAUCUCUUCACAAAAAUCCCUUCACUCUCUGCAAUUUUCUCGGUUUACACAUCUCUAUCUGCCUUCACGAUCCUCUUCAAAACCAUUCUCUAUGAGUUCAUUCCCGUCAAUAUCCGUGACUUUAUCAUCUCCAAAUUCACAGACUACUUUUCUUUUUAUCUCAACUCCAAUUUCACGUUCAUCAUCGAGGAACAGAGCGAUUACGUUAUGAAUCAGACUUUCCGUGCAGCCCAAGUUUACUUGCCGACUCUUCUCUCCAGAAUCACCACCAGAAGUCUCCUCGUCAGUUCGAGCGACCUCAAGAAUCCGAUGGCUAAACCGAAAUUCGGAAUCCCAGUCAAAGCCAAAAUCAUCGAUGAAUUCGAAGGGAUUCGUCUUGAAUGGACACUUCUCUCUGCAAAAGAUAAUGAUAAUCCUUACCAGAGUAAACAAAAACGGUACUUUCAUUUGACGUGUAAGAAGGAGUUUAGGGACAAGAUUAUGUCAGAUUACUUCACAUACAUUGCAAAAUCAUCGGUGAAGAUAUUGACACAUAAAGAAAAUCUCAAUAUCUACAAUUACAAUCCAGACUGUCUGAGAUGGGAAUCAGCAAUCUUCCAACACCACACCACAUUUGAAACCUUAGCAAUGGAGCCUGAGCUCAAGAACACAUUGAUCCGUGACCUAGACGCUUUCUCCAAUGGAAAAGACUUCUUCAAAACCGUGGGACGAGCUUGGAAACGCGGUUAUCUUCUUUACGGUCCACCUGGAACCGGAAAAUCAUCGCUUGUUGCUGCAAUUGCUAAUUUUAUGAACUAUAGUAUCUAUGAUCUUCAGAUUCAGAGCGUUAAAGAUGAUGCAAUGCUUAGACAGAUUCUUACCUCAACCGAGAACCGCUCCAUUCUUCUCAUUGAAGAUCUUGAUUGCAGUGGAGCAGAUACUACUUGUAGAAAGGAAAAUAAAGAUGAAACAGAGUAUGGUGAGAAUCAGAACAAGAAGAAGAAGAAGGAUCCUAAGGUAACUCUGUCUGGGCUACUAAACUUUGUAGACGGGUUAUGGUCAAGCUGUGUAGAAGAGAGGAUCAUCAUAUUCACAACGAACCAUAAGGAGAAACUCGAUCCGGCAUUGCUGAGACCAGGAAGGAUGGAUGUUCACAUCCUCAUGGAUUAUUGCACGCCUAUUGUUUUCAAGAAACUUGCUGCAUUGUAUCUUGAAAUCGAAGAACACGAGUUGUUUGACCCUAUUGAGAAGAUGUUCCUUGAGGUGAAAGCAACUCCAGCUGAGAUCACAGAGAAGCUUAUGGUAAGCAAGGAUCCGGAUGUUACGCUUAAGGGUCUUGUUGAGUUUCUUGAAUCCAAGAAGAUGACCAAGGAGAGUGUUGAUUCUGAAAUUUAAGAAGCAGAGGCAUGAAGCUUCAAGGAUCCAUGGAAGUAGUUUACCACUAAUUACGCAGUAAAUAACAUGUAGCUCUUUGUCUCAUUUUCAUUUGGGAUUUAGAAUGACAGAUAGAUCCAUCAUAUACAUGGAAGUAAUCUAGUACUUAUGUGGUAACUUAAUAGUAAGUAACUCUUGCCUCUUUGUCUCUGUAACUCUGUUCCAUAUUUGGGAUAUUCUCGUUUAGUAAUUAAGUAACUCUUGCCUCUUUGUCUCUGUAACUCUGUUUCAUA